ACUCUUUGCAUUCAUGACAGCCGAAAGCGCGACAACAACGGUACCACACAUGCGGCGACGGCAGCGCAUCUAAACUGAAUUUAGCUGGGGGCAGGUCCAACCAAACGAAAAGUGUGAAUGCCGCUGGCCAGACAUUCAAACGCUGCUGAAACGCGAACUUGAACGGGCGCGCACCUACAAGUUCUUCCGCCAAACGAAUCUUCGAAUCUUAACUGUAUACCUUUACGUACGCCAUGCGUUCGCGGGUACAAAGUUUUCAGUUUUGCAUAAUGUGUUGAGAGAUCUGUGCUUAUUCGUGAGAAAAUAUACGGUGCGUUGUCACCGACUUGCGUGCCGAGUGUGAGGCGGCUUGAUUGCCGUUGAGACGCGCGCCUGCUUGCCCGCCUGUCAGCAUUCGAACUCAGGUGCCGAUACUCGCAAUUACUUUGAUUGCGCACGGUCGCACGGCUCGUCGGACAACCAAGCGCAUUUAUUCAUUGAAUAUUAUUGUGAUUUGCAUGUUGUCGUAAGAGAAGAAUAAUAAAAGCGCGAAGAAAAUCGCAUAGAAAAUGCAGUGUGCACACACUUGUGGCCAAACUAAAAAUAAAGCAAUUAAUAAACAAAUAAACAGUGGAAAUUUUAUUAGUGCUUAAGACUAAAAAAAAAGUGUAGAAUAAACAAUUGAAAUAAACGCACAAGUAAGAAAAAUACGGAUUUCCGCAAAGCGCGCGCUUCAAAGGCUAAAGAAAUCAUGGCGCCUGCAAAUGCUUCAAGCGAAGCAAGCAGUUGGACAACCAUGCCGCCGGACUACGCGAAUACGCGUGCACUCAAUGUUGAGAGCCAGUUCAGUGCGCUCCUCAAUAGUUCUACUUAUGUGCUUAAUAACACCUUUUCCACCGCCAACGCCAUCUCCUCUAAUUAUAGUUAUGAACAAGUGCAAAACGCUUCGCUUCAACACUUUUUCGAUCUCGGUCCGACGCGCGACUCACUAGAAAUCGUCAUACCCGUGACGAUCAUUUACAGUUUGAUAUUCGUCAGCGGUGUCAUUGGUAACAUCAGCACUUGUAUAGUGAUCAAGAAGAACCGUUCCAUGCACACCGCCACCAAUUACUACCUCUUCAGUUUGGCCGUAUCGGAUUUCCUGCUCUUGCUCUCCGGCGUUCCGCAGGAAAUGUACUUCAUCUGGUCCAAGUAUCCGUAUGUAUUUGGUGAAUAUUUUUGCAUUGGUCGCGGCGUAUUGGCGGAGACUUCUGCAAAUGCGACAGUGCUAACCAUUACCGCUUUCACCGUGGAACGUUACAUGGCCAUAUGUCACCCGUUUCUCGGGCAGGCUAUGUCGAAAUUGAGUCGCGCCAUACGGAUUAUUGUGCUCAUUUGGUUGGUGUCCGUUUUGACGGCCAUACCGCAGGCGGCGCAAUUCGGUAUCAUAGCGCUGAACGGCAUCGAGAAAUGCACCGUUGUACGGAACAUCAUUCAACACUCGUUUCAAUUGUCCACCUUUAUUUUCUUUAUUGCUCCAAUGUCUAUAAUAUUGGUAUUGUAUCUAUUGAUUGGUUUACGUUUGCAUCGCUCGAAUUUGAUGGGCGACAUCGGUGAGGCUGGUGGUGGCGGCGGUGGACGCGGCGUUGUUAGUAAUGGCACUGGGAAGGGGAGUGGUCGUCUGGCGUACGGUGGCGGUAGCGUAGUGCGUGUGAGCGGCACACGCAAAGGGAGCGAUCGCAUGAGCAUGCAGGGUACACAGAGCGACACGAUGCUAUAUCGUUAUAUGGGUGGUAGCCAGUUGAGCGCCGUGCGCGGCCGCAUGAAUCACUAUGGAACGCGACGUGUGAUAAAGAUGCUGGUCGCGGUUGUCAUAUGUUUCUUAUUGUGUUGGGCCCCCUUCCACGCGCAGCGGCUAAUCGCUGUUUAUGGCCCGAAUGUUUGGGGUGGCGGCAGUGAGAGUGCUGAUGGUGUUGCUGGCGGUGGGGAGCACGAUGACGCUGCUGCAGCUGAUAAGAAUCAUCAUGUGGUGAUAUACACCGUGAUGACCUAUGUGUCGGGAGUGCUUUAUUACCUGUCGACAUGCAUCAAUCCGUUGCUAUAUAAUCUGAUGAGCAACAAGUUUCGGCAGGCAUUCAAGUCGAUUUUGCUACGCAAGAAAACGAAUGGCUCUCUCAAUUAUCGACACACUCAACAGUCGCGGAAUUUACGUCGUAAUCCGACACUCACUUCGAGUACUCAGCGUGAAUCGAGUGAUGCGGACCCGCUUUCGAAGCAUUCGAUGUUGCAGGCCGCGCUAAAUGAGCGCAACGUGAACAGUAAACUAAUGCCAUAAACCGGAGAGUUAUAUACAUAUGUACAUAACAUAUAUGUAUGUUUAAAACCACAUAUAUAAUUACAUGUAUAUGUAAUAUAUAUAUACUAUAUAUGCAACGGUUAUCAUGAUAUAUUCAAAUUGUUAGAAGAUAACGUAUAGUACAAUGGUUCGAACCCCAGCAAAGACGGAGGCUAUGUGGAAGUUAUUCAAGGUGAUUAUAAGGCUAUUGACUUUGAACGCUCAUGGGCAAACACGUGUGGAUACAUCGCAAAAAAUACAAUUUAGAAUAGUUUCAUACAAAUGAGGUACUUAAAACUGGAUAUUUAUUUAAUUGCUGAAUUCAGCAAGCGAACAGCAUCUUAAUAAUUUAAUUCAUUUAUAA